AUGCCUUGCUCUUCGUGGUCCAUCUGGAAGCACAGGGUGAACAUCCCCUUGAGCAGAGCCUCCCCGCCACAGGGCUGGACCAGCUUCUCCAGUGGGGCGCUCGGCUCCCGCCCCGCCCCCAUCCUCCGGGCUCAGGCUGGGGAGAGCAGGCAGAGGGUGUCCACAGGCCCACAUGCCUUUAUGUCACGAGAGGAAUUAAAGCAAAUCUGCCCACAAGCCCGGCCCUGGUCCCAGCCUCUGUCCAGGCCCCAUAGUGCCCACAAGCUCCCUGCUCCAGCCAGAUCUCCUCGAAGCUGCCUUCCAUGGCGAGCACUCUGCCUGCUCUGCCCUGAGCGGCUGCUCUCACCGCUGGACCACAGUGCCCUCUUCGCCAGCACACCCUCCAGGCCACAUGCUGCCUCCAUCACGCACGUCUGA